AUGAAAAAGAUAAAGACUGGCCAAGAUGGAAUGUAUUUUUCUUUGUGGCUUGUUUUUCCUCGAUUUUAGUCACUUAACACAACUGAACCGAAGCCUCGAACGACGUGUCCAGCAUUAGCCACAUUACGGACUCAAACAUCAGUUUUCGAGUCUUACCACGCGUUGAAGUUUUGCGAUCUAAUUUAGCCUAGCCUAGCUGACCAACUGCUAACAAAGCUGCAAGGCACGUUGUCAAGCGUUCAGAAAUUAAGUCAGGAAAAUGUCAGCGAGAGCGACGACGGCUGCAGUAAAGUUCCAGGAGGAACUUUGUGGAGUAAAAGAGGAGCCCCCACGUCACCAAGAUUCGACUGUGUGCAAAAUAAUGCACGCAAAGCUUGUUCUUCACGGACACGAAGCUCAAUAUGUCAGCCAAGCCCAUCGUCUUGAGCAUCAGGAGUCUUCUUGCGUCAAGGGCGAGGAUGAAGAGUCGCCAUACAUCAAGGAGGAGGAAAAGUCCGUUCACAUUAAAGAUUUCAGAAGAUAUCUUGGUGCUGAGCGGCAGGAGCCAGAAUCUCCUGGCGUUAAAGAGGAUGUUGAGCUCCCCCAAAUCAAAGAGGAGGAGCAGCCAGAGCCCUUUCAACAGAAGCAACUUCCAAUCAAAAAGGAGGAGGAAGAGCUGCCAUGCGUUAAAGAGGAGGACGAGGAGGAGCAUAUCCAUUGGUCAAAUGGUGAGCCCUUGAAGAGUGAAGAUGGUCCGAGUGAGGCUGGUAGAGGGGCGGAGCCUCCAGGCGGCUGCCGCAGCAGGUCAACAGAGGGAUUGCAGGCAGACAUUUUCAUCGCUCCAACCAACAGAAAUGGCACCAUAUCACACUCACCUUACAAUGGUGAUGGUCAUAAGAAAUCUCACAGUGACGACAAACUCUGCAAAUGCUCUCAGUGUGGGAAAACCUUUGCUAACAAGCAAACUUGUCAUGCGCAUAUGAAGAGGCAUACUGGCGAAAAAGCUUUUUCCUGCUCAGUUUGUGGAAAAGGUUUUGUUCAGAAGGGAGACCUAACAAAACACACAAGAACCCACACUGGAGAAAAACCUUUUUCCUGCUCAGUUUGUGAUCAAAGAUUCGCUCAAAUGCAAUACUUAAAAGUCCACAUAAGAACCCACACUGGCGAAAAACCUUUUUUCUGCCUUGUUUGUGGAAAAAGUUUUGUUCAGAAGGGAAACCUAACAAAACACACAAGAACCCACACUGGCGAAAAACUUUUUUCCUGCUCAGUUUGUGGUCAAAGAUUCAGGAGCAAGAGCAACUUAAAACAACACAUAAGAACCCACACUGGCGAAAAACCUUUUUCCUGCUCAGUUUGUGGCCAAAGAUUCAGUAGCAAGGGCAACCAAAAAAAACACACAAGAACCCACACUGGCCAAAAACCUUUUUCCUGCUCAGUUUGUGGUCAAAGAUUAAGUAGCAAGAGCAACUUAAAACUACACACAAGAACCCACACUGGCGAAAAACCUUUUUCGUGCUCAGUUUGUGGUCAAGGAUUCUUUCAAAAGCAAAACUUACAAAAUCACGAAAGAACCCACACUGGCGAAAAACCUUUUUCCUGCCCAGUGUGUGAUCAAAGAUUCAGUUACAAGAGAACCUUAAAAAGACACACAAUAACCCACACUGGCAAAAAACCUUUUUCAUGCUCAGUUUGUGGUCAAGGAUUCUUUCAAAAGCAAAUCCUACAAAAUCACGAAAGAACCCACAGUGGUGAAAAACCUUUUUCCUGCUCAGUUUGUGGAAAAAGUUUUGUUCAGAAGGGAGUCCUAACAAAACACACAAGAACCCACACUGGCGAAAAACCUUUUUCCUGCUCAGUUUGUGGUCAAAGAUUCAGUAGCAAGAGCAACUUAAAACAACACACAAGAACCCACACUGGCGAAACACCUUUUUCCUGCUCAGUUUGUGAUCAAAGAUUCGCUCAAAUGCAAUACUUAAAAGUCCACAUAAGAACCCACACUGGCGAAAAACCUUUUUCCUGCUCAGUUUGUGGAAAAAGUUUUGUUCAGAAGGGAGUCCUAACAGAACACACAAGAACCCACACUGGCGAAAAACCUUUUUCCUGCUCAGUUUGUGGUCAAAGAUUCAGUAGCAAGAGCAACUUAAAAAAACACACAAGAACCCACACUGGCGAAACACCUUUUUCCUGCUCAGUUUGUGGUCAAGGAUUCUUUCAAAAGCAAAACUUGCUAAGUCACGAAAGAACCCACACUGGCGAAAAACCUUUUUCCUGCUCAGUUUGUGGUCAAAGAUUUGCUCGGAAGGAUCGGAUGAAGAGACACGUGUGUGUUGGUGUGAGAAGCAGUGGCCAAUGACUUUUUUGCCUGUCAUCCAUGUUGGCUUCAUCAGAUUUUGCACGCAGGUGAGGUUAGGGUUAGGGGUUACGUUUGUAUUCGUGGUACACUUUAUUUUUGUGAUUGCAGUUUUGUUUGGACUUUGCCAUUAUGUGUUUUACCUUUUCUGGCCAUCAACAUCUUUCCCUUGGUUCUCUCGCAGACGGGCAUAAUUUAUAUCAUAAUCUCCCAUUCAAACUACACUUUUCACAUUUAAUAUUUGAAACUGCAGACCCCAAAUUCCAAAAAUUCAAAAUCAUUCAUAAAUAUUGUCGUUAAAUAAAUAUGCAAAUUUAGAAUGUAUUGUUCAAUAUUGCAAAAAUAAUUUUUAAAAAAAUACUGGCUCACAAAUGAGUGUUUUGUGUGGGGGUUAAUGUAAAUGUAUGUAUUUUUUUUAACAAUUUCUAUAAUUCCUCUUGAUUUACAGAUUAUGAGGGCCAAAUAAAGAAAAACAAGAAAAAAGGACUAUGACAGUAAAGUCGUGUUCUUACUACAAUAAAUGUUUUUUUUUCUUGUAGCAAGUCAAGUUAUGUAUAUAAUUUUUGUUAAAAAUAAUUAAAUAAAACACACGGAGUCAUUUCUGUAUUUAACUUUGCAGAUUAUAUAUGUUUUGUGUUGAAAAUGUUUUUGUAUUUUUUAAUAACAUGGUCACCACCUGACACCUUGCUUGCUACAGGGGUCGCAUUGAAUAAGGCGCUAUUGGAACGGAAAAGUUCACUGUUGCUAUGGUUUGUAAUAAAUUCUACACAAACUU